AUGGUUUGUAACAGUACAGUAGACAUGCCGCUGCUGUACGCCAUCACGACGUCGGAGACGGAGCGGACGUACGAGCUCAUAUUCCUGCAGCUCAAAGAAGAAUUGGAACGUCAUUGGGCACUCCAUAGGCUGAAGGUUGUGUUAGAUUUUGAGAGGGCUUCCAUAGCUGCAGCAAAAAAGGUGUUCCCUCAGGCGUCUGUUGAGGGUUACGGAUUUCAUUUGGCUGUAGCUUGGAACAGAAAGAAAGACGCCCUGGGUUUGCGCAAGUAUCUAGCUGGAGAUAAUCGAGACUACGAAGUGAUAAGGUGGCGGGAGAGAGUGAAGGGAUCCAUCUUCUUGCCCUCACGCCUUCACAGGAGAUUACCCGCAUUACAACGACCUGAUCUAGACCGCACACAUGAAGCUUAUGAAAAGUGUUGCCAGUUUUUGCGCUAUCUUAAAACAACAUGGUACUCGGGCCCUUUCAAAAACUUGUGGAACAAAUGGGCAAUCGAGGACACAAGAACCACCAAUGCGGCAGAAGCUUUUCAUAGAAGGCUCGGAGAGAUGCUCAAAUGCAAAUACCCGUCAAUGUCCAAGCUGCUAAAACGCCUGCGCAGCUGUAACACAGAAGCUAAAGCAGAGAUUAUUCGCAUGGAAAGGAGGCGCACUGGUAAAGUACUGAAGAAGAGGGACAGGAUAAGACGCGCAAAAACUCUUGCAGUGAUGAGGCGCUAUGAACAAGAAUUUUCCCCAAGCAAUCCCAUUCCCCGCACAACUAUGAUAUCAAUGUAUUGUAGAAAGAUGCCGCAGUUUGUGACUAAUAAAGUAAAUUGA